AUGGAUCCAUUCACGGUCCUGGUACUCAGCCUCUCCUUUCUGCUUCUCCUCUCACUCUGGAGACAGAAGACUGAAAGAGGGAAGCUUCCUCCUGGCCCCACUCCUCUCCCACUUAUUGGCAAUUUCUUCCAGAUAGAUGUGAAGAAUAUCCAGAAAUCCUUUACCAAACUCUCAAAAGUCUACGGCCCUGUGUUUACUCUGUAUUUUGGCCAACAGCCCACUGUGGUAUUGCAUGGCUACAAUGCAGUGAAGGAAGCUCUGAUUGACCAUGGGGAGGAGUUUUCUGGAAGAGGAAGGUUCCCAGUUCUUGAUAAAAUUUUUAAUGGCCUUGGAGUCAUUUUUAGCAAUGGAAAUACAUGGAAAGAGAUGAAGCGCUUUUCCCUCACCACCCUGCGGAAUUUAGGCAUGGGAAAAAGGAGCAUUGAGGACCGUGUUCAAGAGGAAGCACAGUGCCUUGUGGAGGAACUGAGGAAAACCAAUGGUUUACCCUGUGACCCCUCCUUCAUCCUGACAUGUGCUCCUUGCAAUGUCAUCUGCUCCAUUGUUUUCCAAAAUCGUUUUGAUUAUAAAGAUAAGCAUGUUCUUAACUUGUUGAAAUAUCUGGAAGAGAACGCCAAGAUUCUGAGUGCCCCAUGGAUACAGGUUUGCAAUGCUUUUCCUGCUAUUCUUGAUUAUUGUCCAGGAAGUCAUAACAUAUUCCAUAAAAAUUAUACUUAUCUUAAAAGUUACUUUUUGGAGAAAAUAAAGGAGCAUGCAGAAUCAUUGGAUGUCACAAAUCCCCGGGACUUCAUUGAUUAUUACCUAAUUAAAGGGAGGCAGGAAAACUGCAAUCAGGAGCUGAAAUAUACACUUGAAAAUCUGACAGUAAUGGUGAAUGAUCUGUUUGGUGCUGGGACAGAGACAACAGGCUCAACAAUGAAAUAUGCUCUCCUGCUCCUGAUGAAGUACCCACAUGUCACAGCUAAAGUCCAGGAAGAGAUUGAUCGUGUGGUUGGCAGAGAACGAAGCCCCUGCAUGCAGGACAGGAACCACAUGCCCUACACGAAUGCCACGAUUCAUGAGGUCCAGAGGUUCAUUGAUCUUGUCCCUAACAGUGUACCACAUGCUGUGACCUGUGACGUUAAAUUCAGGAAUUAUCUCAUCCCCAAGGGAACAACAGUAAUAGCAUCACUGUCAUCUGUAUUGCACGACAGCAAGGAAUUUCCCAACCCAGAGACAUUUGACCCUGGUCACUUCCUAGAUGGGAAUGGAAACUUUAAGAAAAGUGACUACUUCAUGCCUUUCUCAACAGGAAAACGUGUUUGUGCAGGAGAGGGCCUGGCUAAAAUGGAGCUUUUUCUAUUCCUGACUACCAUUUUACAGAAGUUCAAGCUGAAAUCUCUAGUUCCCCCAAAGGAUGUCAAUAUUACCUCAGUGGUCAAUGGUAUAUCUUUAGUGCCUCCACAUUACCAGAUCUGCUUCAUUCCUGUCUGAAGAAUAUCAGAUGCCUGGCUCACGUUGUAUUCCUUUCUGAAAUCACCCCAAAGCCUACAUUUACCAUUUUUCCAGCCUAUACACUGUGUCCUUCCCCCUUCUCAUGGCUUGUGUUUUCUCAUUGCCCAGUGAUGUCAGUUGGCAGUCUCUUAAGUCACUGCACAAAAUAUCUGCUAUUCUAUGUUCUCUAUAACACUCUUAAUAUUCCUUGUACUCACAGGAAUCUAAACCUAAGCUGUUAACAUGGCUUCACGGUAAAACAGAUAAAAUUCUACCAGGUAAAACAAAUA